AUGUUUCAUACUGAAGGUGAUAUUGGUGCUGUGUUUGGUCUUGGAUUUUCUCCGUUUUCUGGUGGUCCAUUCAGAUGGGUUGAAUGCUAUGUUGCUGAUAAGCUUGUGUCAAAAAUGCAAACAUUCCAAAACGAUUAUGGUCUACCAUUUAAAACAAGCAAUUCAAUUAUUGUAAAAAAUAGAAAAAGUCAAAUAAGAAGAGAAAGUUUUGUCGGCCAUUACAAAAAUUUUAAAAUUUCUAAAGACACUUUACUGCAUAGAGUAUUAAAAGAACAAAAUAAUCAGUUUUAUUCAAAUCUUACAACAUUCAACAAGCAAAUGUAUAUUAACGCCAUGAAUCAAAUGAACAAAAUUGACCAACAAUUUGACAAAUCUCAAGUAUUACUUCAAGAUACUGUGACUAACUGGAAGUAUAUUGAACAAAAUGUGUCGCACAUCAAACGUAAGGUGACUGAUAUACUGGCUGAGGAGUAUAUUCCAAAAAUUAAAUUUUGA